CGGAGAACCUGACACCCCACAGACCGCCUCUGACCGCCGACCCGGGUCCGCCUGCAGCCGGGUCGUGGAUCAGGUUUUUGUCCUGGAUUUGACUCCCGGAUCCGGUCCAGCGGGAGGAGGAUCAGUCCGCAUCCUCCCAUCCUCCCAUCCUCCCAUCCUCCUCCUCCUCAGCUGCACCAGCGGAGCAUCUGAGGAGGACCCGGACCCGGACGGCAGCGGGGUUUUACUGGGCGCUCCUGGAUUCUGAGGGGACAUUUAAAACCCGUUUCUUUCUGGACUCGGUGCGUCCCGGUCCCGCAGCGGGUCUGGACUCGGUCUGGACUGUUAGAGGAGGAAUAAAUGGUGGUUUAGUCCUGCGGGAGUCUGAGGCCCAAACCCCGGCCCCCCUUUAGAGGAACGGUGGGUUUUCUGGACCAGGACGGUCUGUGUCAGAUCCCAGAUGAAGAUUCCCAAAAGGCGGAAAAGGAGCGGACGGUGCGCCAGAUAAAUGGCUCUUUUAAGCUGGGAGCUGCUCGUGUUCUGUCUGGCUGGCAGAUGCAGUGCCUAGUCCCCGGCCUCCAGGACAACGCCAACAUGAACGGGACGUCCGAGCAGGCCGACAUCCUGCCGCCAAACUGCAUGGUCAAAGACCGAUGGAAAGUGCUGAAGAAGAUCGGUGGCGGCGGGUUCGGGGAGAUCUACGAGGCUUUGGACCUGCUGACGCGGGAGAACGUGGCGCUAAAGGUGGAGUCGGCCCAGCAGCCCAAACAGGUGCUGAAGAUGGAGGUGGCGGUGCUGAAGAAGCUGCAGGGUAAAAACCACGUCUGUAAAUUUAUUGGCUGCGGGAGAAACGACAAAUUCAACUACGUGGUCAUGCAGCUUCAGGGUCGUAACCUGGCCGACCUGCGGAGGAGUCAGCCCAGAGGGACCUUCACCAUGAGCACCACCCUGCGGCUCGGGAAGCAGAUCCUGGAGUCCAUCGAAGCCAUCCACUCAGUGGGCUUCCUGCACCGCGACAUCAAACCGUCAAACUUUGCGAUGGGCCGACUACCCUCGACCUACAGGAAGUGCUACAUGCUGGACUUCGGUCUGGCGCGUCAGUACACCAACACCACCGGAGAGGUCCGACCGCCGAGAACCGUGGCGGGUUUCAGAGGGACGGUCCGAUACGCUUCAGUCAACGCUCACAAAAACAAGGAAAUGGGUCGCCAUGACGACCUGUGGUCAUUGUUUUACAUGUUGGUGGAGUUCGCUGUUGGACAGUUGCCAUGGCGAAAGAUCAAAGACAAGGAACAAGUCGGUCAGAUAAAAGAGCGUUAUGACCAUCGGAUGCUGCUCAAACACAUGCCUUCAGAGUUCAAUAUCUUCCUGGACCAUGUCCUGGCCCUGGACUACUACACCAAACCAGACUACCAGCUGCUCAUGUCAGUGUUUGAGAACAGCAUGAAGGAGCGAAUUAUCACCGAGAACGAGCCUUUCGAUUGGGAGAAGGGAGGCAGUGAUGUCACGCUGUCAACCAGUGCCUCCACCCAACCACAGCACAACACCCGACCCACCGCUGCCAUGGUGGGAGCCAUCGUGACGCCAGUUCCCGGAGAUCUUCAGCGGGAGAACACCGACGACGUUCUGCAGGACGAACAUCUCAGUGAUCAGGAGAACGCCCCUCCGGCCCCACCCAGUCGCCCCCCCGGGGAGACAGGGGUCUCGCACGCCGGGGAGCCAGGAGAGGCCUGGGAGGACACGGACUUCAACCGUAACAGACUCAGGAUCAGCCUGAACAAGGGGGCUCAGGAGGAGGAGUCAGGUCGGGGGGCAUGUCCAGUGUCGCCGAUUCGAGGUGGAGCCCCGGAGUCACCAACAGGUCAGGGUCGGUCCUUGCGGUACCGCCGGGUCAACAGCCCUGAAUCUGACCGCCUGUCUGCUGCCGAGGGCCGCGCCGACGCCUACGGACAGAGGUCCAGGAUGGACAUCCUUGGCUCUCCGUCCCGUCACGUUUACUCCUCCCAGCCGGCUCAGAUGCUGUCCGUUGACCCCGGUUGCCGUGGCGACCGUCAAGUCAGUGGCCGCCAGGAGGUGUCUGUGGCGUCCGUCGACCAGGAGGCGCACAGCAACGCCUUCAUCCGGUCCGUCCCGCUGGCCGAGGAGGAGGACUUUGACAGCAAAGAGUGGGUGAUCAUCGACAAAGAGGCAGAGCUACGAGACUUCCAACCAACCACGUCAGGAACCACCGACGAAGAGCCUGAAGAGCUCCGACCCCUGGAGGAUCAGGAGGAGCGGAGGAGGCUCAGGGCUGCAGGAGGGGAGCUGGUGGUUCGUCCGAAGACCCACACCAGGGAGAGCAGCCGAGGGAUGCUAACGCUAACGGAGGAGGAGGCGUCGAGGAGGAGCGGCGGGAGCCCCGCUCAGUCACCCUGCCACUCCCUGCCAUCGGGACGCCCCCGCCGGAGAGAGUCAGAGCCCACUGGACCUCAAAGACCGGUGUUGUCACCCACGGAGCAGAGCAUCCCGUUGCCGUCCUCCCCAGACUAUCGCACAAAGGGCCAGAGUGAUGAGAGGGAGCAUUUCCACAUCCUUCCUCAGCUCCAGGCCAAGAGGGCCGACUUCCUCACAGUCAUCCUAACCGGAACCUUGCCUCAGCGCCGGAGCUUUACCACGCCAGACGAAGAAGUCCCAGAAUGUCCAGGGCCAAAGGAUGAUGACGUCACGAAGAGCGAGUCCAACAGCGAGGCAAGUCAGAAGAGCACCGAACGUAGUCAGGACGCUGCGCCUUCAACACUCAUGGCUGAGGACCAAAGGGUCCAGAGAGAGCACGCCUCAGCUGCUGAUGCUGACCCUGACCUGGAAGACGCCUCCAAAACCCUUGUUCUCUUCUCACCCGGAGACACUCGCAAGUCUCCCUCUGGUGGUGAUCAUGGUUUAGAGGGUGAGUUGGCCACACCGUGUGCCCUCACUUUCCGUAACGACCGUCUCCUGGUUGGGGAGGCAAAUCAACCUGAACCCUCUGAGACCGGCCGUUUGUCCCCUGCUCUCAGGUCAGACCUGAGGCCGUCCACUCCCAUUGCUCCUGCAUCACCACCCUUCACCAAAGUUGAGCGCACUUUCAUCCAUAUUGCAGAGACAUCACAUCUCAAUGUCAUGUCUUCCAAUGGUCACUCUGCAAAGGAUAGUGACCGGGAAGUCUUGGCCAUCAUGAAGGUAUCAGCUGUAGAGGAUGACACCCAUGAGCAAGGGGCAGCACCAGUGACAGAAGAGUCUCCAGAGGAGCCUGUGCCAGACCAAACUACACCAGUUGACAAACACCCUAAUACUGAGAAUGGUCCAUCGGCUAUUCUGGCCCAGUCUUUGGAACCUGUUCCAGAAUCCAUGUCACCAGUUCAUGAACAUAAAGAUCAGUCACAGGAACCUAAGAAACAGCCAUCAUCCAGUGAAGAAGCUGCCAAGCUUCAGACAACCAGCUCGGAACUACCUGCUGCCAUAAAGCCCAGAAUCCGAAGCCGAAUCCCAGUACUGAUCUCUGAGGAGGACUCAGGCUCAGAGCAGUCUUCCUCCCUUUCGGCUCGCGCUCGGCUUCAGCAGCGGGCAAGGCAGCUGGACUUGGCCCGCCUGCUGGUCCAGAAGCAACAGGGUCGCUGGAUGAGGAGAAGGAUGCUGUCUGGGACAUCAUCAUCGUUAUCCUCUGGGGAUGAUGAGCGUCGGAGGGCUUCCGAAACUCUGUCCACCACUGGCUCAGAGGAGGACACACAUACCUCGGAUGAGUCCAGGAGGAGCUCCCGUCUCAAAACGACUGAAGAGCAAGGCUCCAAGGAGUGCAGGAGCAGGAUCCCAAGGCCCGUCACCCCCAUAAAGAGGACUUCAGUGGGGCUUGCCACUUCUGUUCCUUCUCCUCUCUCCUUGCCAGACUGCAGCACUACCAAAGGAGCAUCAUCUUUCACUAAUGGCAAUCAGAAAAUCGGACUAAGCACUCUCAGCACUCAACGGAAAUCCAAACCUGUCUCACCCAGGUCCUCCUCCUCAUGUCCCCGUCCCUCCGCUGCCCCUGCCCCGUCCGGCAGCCCUCGAAUGCCCCUGCGAGUCCUGUUCGGAACCCGACGCAGCCUUAGCUCCACCCACUGCCGGACUGACAGCCCCUCCCCUCAAAGAGCGUGUCCUUCCAGGCAGCCCCUCUCGGUUCGAGCCCCAACUGUCCCUGUGCUACCGCCCAGGACUACAACAACCAUGCGGCGCAGCGCCUCACAGGAAGCCACCGCCCAGACCUCCUCUGGCACCACGCCCGCCAGGAUCAGGCCGAAACCAGCUGGUGCGGCUAAGGGGAAGCCAAAUGCCAGGGAGAAGGCGGUGCCAGCUAGAUAAUACAAAGAGACUCAUUGCUGAGACAUGUUUGUGUAUAAUCAGUCUUCGGACAAGCUACGCCUCAAAGGUUCUCACCUGAUUCCAUUAGACUGUGAUGGUACAAUGACCUUCUUCAAUUCAUUUAAUGUAUACAGACCUCUUAUAUUUUCCAAGGACAGCUUACUAAACUAUCUUAAUGGGCUUCCAGUAAUCUUAGAUAGAUCUAUUAGAGAUGUUCCGAUACCAUUUUUUCCUUUCUGAUACCGAUUGAACUUUGCGGAUCAGGCGACACAGAGUACCGAUCCGAUACAUGUGCGUUAAAAUAUUUUUUAACAAACGUGAACUACUAAGCCGGUAUGAUUGCUAUCUUUGUUGUAUGGCCUGGCUCAGGUUAAACCCUCUGCCAGAAUCAGAAUCAUGACUUUGCUAUCCUAGGAAAACAAAUGGGAGACAGCUGGGAAAUAGCAGAGUCCUAUUCACGUAGUCACGUAGUAUCUGAUCGGUGCACAGAUGGGCACUCACCGAUACCACAUUUUAGGCAGCAUUGGAGGAAUUUCCAAUGCUGGUAUAGGUAUCGGAACAACUCUACUGACUGUCGUUCAGGAGCGUUGCUGCCAUGGUGCUAUGGAUACGUCUGCUGCUCCCUGGUCAAACCCCGAUUUAACUUGUUUCUGGAGCUGACAAUCGUGGCCUCCAACAGGUCCAGUUUCAGAGACUCUCACCUGACACAGUACUCCCAGCUUGUCCACAGCUAUAAUACUCUUCUAUUGAUAGUACCCUGCUUGGAUCACAUUGCAUGGUGACGUAUAUCACAAAUACAUUGAAUCUGUAGAAGGAAGACAACAUGUACAAAAAUCUGUACCCUUAAAUUAUUUGAUAUAGCUCUCCCCUCGCUAUUGGGAUAAACUGGCCAAACAGAAAUAUCAAAUUGGACUGGUUUGAAUGCCCAAACUAUGUUAAUAUGAUAAAAGGUAUCUAUAUCCUGUACUCAUUUUGGUCUUGGAUAAAGAGAAAAGUUGGAUGUGAACACAAAAUAAAUAGCUCGGCCGCUCGCCUCCUCCUCAUGGUGUGACAAUGGGCAUGCUUUAAUCAUUCUAUUUUCUGGGUGUUUUUAUUUUGUUUAUGCUCUGAAUUGUAUAUAAUAGAAUCAUUUCCCAUAAAGACAUCUUUAUUUUUUAUCUUGCCAAGCAAAAUGUAAAUUUCAAGUCUUCAACCUUCUGUUCCAAUGUGUUGGCACUAUGCCUGUUUUUUACGCAUGAGAAAAACAGGGUUAACCAUGAGAGGAAGUCAUACCUGCUUGGAUUCUGCUGACAGUGCAAAGGUCUGCUGGUUGUUGGGGCCCAUGUUGUGUUUGUACGGGGUCGAAGGGCACUGAGCUGUGAAGUAAAGUCUUGGUCAUGUGGAA